CCAUCUUCUGAAGGCCUAAGAAGUCAAGACGCGUGACUGGCUACACUGAGAAGACAGAAGGAACUGUGCAGUCACCGAGAGGAGACAAUGGAUCCCAGACGUUACGUUAUGGAAUUAAAUGAUGGUAACAUCAUACCUCUACUGGGAUUUGGCACUGCUGCACCUAUAGAGGUUCCUAAAAGUGAGGGUCUAGAGGCCACCAGAUUAGCUAUUGAUGCUGGGUACCGCCAUUUUGAUUCUGCUUCUGUGUACCAUAAUGAAGAAGAGAUAGGACAGGCCAUCAGGAGCAAGAUUGCAGAGGGCAUUGUGGAAAGAAAAGACAUAUUCUACACUUCAAAGCUUUGGUGUACUUUCCAUCGACCAGAGCUAGUUCAGCAAAGCUUGAAAGAAACAUUGAGAAAAGUUCAACUGGACUAUGUGGACCUCUACAUUAUUCAUUUCCCAAUGGCUUUGAAGCCAAGUAAAGAGCGAAUUCCAAAAGAUGAAAAUGGAAAAGUAAUGUAUGACACUGUGGAUCUCUGUGCCACAUGGGAGGCCAUGGAGAAAUGUAAGGAUGCAGGGCUGGCUAAGUCCAUUGGGGUGUCUAUCUUCAACCGCAGGCAGCUGGAGAUGAUCCUGAACAAGCCAGGGCUCAAGUAUAAACCUGUUUGCAACCAGGUGGAAUGUCAUCUGUAUCUCAACCAGAGCAAACUACUGGAUUUCUGCAAGUCAAAAGACAUUGUUCUGGUUGCCUAUGGUGUUCUGGGAAGUCAAAAAUAUGGAGAAUGGGUGGAUCAGAACACUCCAGUUCUCUUAGAUGAUCCAGUUCUUGGUGCCCUGGCAAAAAAGCACAAGCGAAGUCCAGCACUGAUUGCUCUUCGUUACUUGCUACAGCGUGGGCUUGUGGUUUUGGCCAAGAGUUUCAAUGAGAAGCGAAUCAAAGAGAAUUUGCAGGUUUUUGAAUUCCACUUGACUCCUGAGAACAUGAGAGUCCUAGAUGGUCUGAACAGAAAUAUUCGAUAUGUUUCUGCGAGUUUUUUGAAUGGCCACCCUAAUUACCCAUUCUCUGCUGAAUAUUAGCAUGGAGAUCUUCAUCAUGACUUCUACCAGAAGCUCCUGCACGCAUCUUGUGAUAUGGCAGACAUCUCACACGCUGAUGAUAAGAGACCUCUCUUCUGGAUAAUCCAUGCUGCUAAACGCCUCACAAUAAGCUAGAAUUAAAUCCACAGGACAGGAAGCAUGUGCACUGAAUUUUUGUCACUUUUUUAAAACAAUUGAUGUUGACUUCUUCUUUAAAGAUUCUGACUUACAUGAUUUCUUUCCUUUGACUGCCUUAUUCCCCAAACUGAUUUUCCUGGAAGUUUGAAAACCAUUGGUGGGAGUUUCCAGCCAUUCCAUUGACCUUUCUGAAGUAGAAGCAAGCAGAAUUGUUGACCUGUAGGGAAGUAACCGCUAGUAGGCAUUUUUCAGUCAAUUUUUAACCAAUGCUUCAAGGAAAAGUAAAACUCACUGCAAAGACCCUGGAAGGUAAGGCAAUACUACAAGGAUGACCAAGAACCCACGGGUGCCUUUGAGAGGCUCAAGCAUGAGAGGUGCAGAAACUGGGGAAACAGAUAUUCUCUUUUUCUUUCUUUUAUUUUUUAAACCUUCUUUUUAAAAACUUUUAUUUAAGGUAUGCAAAUUUCAUGUACUUCAAAUAUACAGAGUUAGGAGCAUAGUUAUACUUUCUACCCAGCAUCCCUCUCACCCACACUCCCACCCUUAUUCCUCCUC